AUGAGCUUUAAAGGAGAAAAUAAUGCCUACCAGAGAGCAGAUCUCUAUAGCGAUUACGUUGAGGAGAAUGAUCCGGCUAUCAGCAAAAUUGAGGAGAGCCCAAAUGGCGAUUUUAAGCUUGCUUUUUACGUGCCCGAAAUAUUCUAUGGUAGAAUAAUUGGCCUUAAGGGCUCUACGAAGCGCGGCAUCGAGGAAACGACCAAAGCCAAGAUCGCUAUUCCCAGUUUGAAAGAUAAUUCCAAUGACGUGGUUAUCAGGGCCAAACAACGCAGUCAGGUGUGUGCUGCAUUGCAUCAAAUCCGGCAAAUAAUUUUGUCCGUGCGAAAGAAGAUGAGGCCCACCCACUUUUUGGCCGUGACCCUGAGCUCGGGGGAAGUUCAGGAGCGUUAUGUGGAAUUCAAGAAAAGCAUUUUAGAGGCCCAGCUACCAGGCAUUGAUGAGGGGCUAUUCAUAUCGGAGAAUUGCUUACACCUUACUUUAGGGGUUUAUGUGCUUCUGGAUGACGUAGAACAACAAAGGGCUUUAAAUGAGCUGGAGGCAUGUCGUCCGCUACUAGCUGACCUAAAAACUCCCUUCGAACUUAAGGUCAAGGGCUUGGAGGUUACAUUUGACGACCCAAGCUCCACUCGCCAUCUUUACGGUCGUAUCGAGUCUCCAGAGCUGAAAAAGUUCGCAGAUAAGUGUCUGGCCCACUUUAUAGAAACCGGACUGUUCGCUUCGGAUUGUUUCAACCGCGAUACCAUCCAGAUGCACAUGAGGAUAAUGAACGUCCGAUUUCGCCAGGAGGCGAUGAAGCCAGGAGAGACCUUUGAUGCACGCGAAAUUUUAAAACGGUUUGGAGACUUCGAUUUCGGUGCAGCCCAGUGUAAGGCAGUGCAUCUAUGUGUAUUGGGAUCGCGCGGGGAGGAUAAGUUCUACAGGAUAUCCGGCAGUCUGGAGUUCUAAGAACAAUAAUUUUUUUAACCGUAAUAAAUAUGUAUUAGUGAUUUAUUCGACCUAUGUUUACUAUUGAGCACUUUGUCGAACUCGAGGUCACUUUUAGUUGUUUAAUAUUUAAAAUAAAGAUUAUAUCACAUUUCUUUGAAAUGAAA